AUGUCUUCCGCUAACCCCCAAAUCCCGCCAGCUCAACCUGCACCACCACAAGGCUUCAGAGACGAAGCGGGUAACUACUGGAAACUAGAAAAUGGAGUCCCCAUCUAUCUCGGUGCCACGCACUACAAUCCAAAUACCGCCGCUCCUUCGCAAACUAUAACCGAGAUGCACGCCAGCUUGAACAGACUAUACCUCCAAAUUGAAACCUACAAACACGAUACCGCAACACUCAAUCUCCUGCUGGAGCAGAUUGAGCUCGAAACGGCGGCAUUAGAGACGGCUCUGGCUCAAGUCAAUGAGGAAGGCGAAAGAGAACGGCGGAGAAGAGCUGAGUUGCAGGAGAAGGCAAUGGCUUAUGCGAAUGCGCAGAUGAUGGGCAGCAAGGAAAGGUUUAUGAACACCAAAAGACGAGAAGAUCCAAUACAAGAAGUCACUAAAGAUCUCAAUGUUUACGAUUCCGAAAGAGACGUGGAUAUGGAUGUGAGGAUUCGAAUGAGGGAUUCGUGGUUCAGAGCUCAUAAACUGUUUGAGAAUAAUUGGCGCACUUUCGAUCUCGAACGUCUACAGAAUUCGUUUCGGCUGGGGCUUUUUACGAGUAAGAUUGGGAGGUCGUCGGAGGAACAAAAGGGUAUGCUGUUUGAAUGGUGGUUAAGUGUGCAGGAUUUGAUGGAACGGGAAGGGAUUGAAUAUGAAGUUGCUUUUCAACAGACGCCCAGACCGGAUUUCACGAUUGAUACUUAUAAUGGGGAGCUACCCGACGGAGAGAAAGAGGCGGCUGAAGAGGAAUACAAGAUCUUCGCUGGGAAGAUCAAGAUGUGGAAGAGUGGUGAGAAGUGCUGCGAGUCUCAUAAGGAAAUUGAAGUUGAGGAAAGUAGCGGUAGUGAGUCUGGUGAUACGGUUUACUCGCCGUUGAACGCUCCAACAGGUUUUACACCGCCAGCGAGUUCGCCACAUUUGAUUCUAUCUGUGCCGGCGCAAGUACAUCCGGAACCUCCAAAUGUUCUUUCAGAUGAGGAGCUUGGUAAAAGAUGGACCGUCUUGCAAAAGGAGACAGAUGAGAAGAAGACUGCCGCUGGUUUAACAGUCGAUGGAAAUCUCAAUGCAGAAGUAAAUGAGGAAAUGCGGGAUAAAAUCGCGCGGAACUUCUAUCGACAUGAAAUUGCGAAGAUGGAGGACGAGCUCAAGAUUUUGAACGGGGAGAAGGUGAUUUCUUACAUCGGUGUGGGUGACUUUAGAGACAGAGGUGGAAAGUUGUGUAAUUCUGAAAGUUGUCAAAAGACUUGCCAGGAUUUGAGGUCACAAUUAUAUGCAGCUAAUGCAGCUCUUUCGGCUGCGGAUGAAGCUUUCAAGUCGCAGACAGUUCUGAGCGAACAACGACCUACAAGCUCAGCUGAAGGACUAGAGUCCGCCAGCGACUUGAACGCCAGAUUAAUGGAAGCGAACAGAAUCCAAACUCUCAAUUCUCCGCAAAUCCAACUUGCCAGAAACAUGAUUAGAGAAGCGAUGAGAGCGAAUGAGCAAAGAGUAGCAGAUACGUUGGCUCAAGCGGAAGCGGAAAGAUUUAGAUUGGCUUUCAGAUCUGCUCCGAGCGCAGGAUUUGGAAGUAGUCAGAUGGGCGGUGGCUAUGUUAGAGGAGAGGUUGGGGAUGGAAUGGAGGGAAUGGAGGAUAUGGAUAUAAUUCCGGAGCGGAGAACCAGAAAUUCAAGAAAUAUAAGUGACAGACAAACUCGCGAUGGCAAUAACAGGCAAGUUCAGCAGGACCAAUCUCGCGAACACUCGAGUGGUCGAGAGAAAUGCAUACAUUGCGGCAGAACAAAUCAUACCUCUGCAGAUUGCACUAGGCGAAAGAAUGAAAGCAGGGAUAGAAAUCUCAAGGUGCCUUCCAAUAGCCGAGCCGAGUCGAAUACCGGGUCUGGUAAUUCCUCAAGGAAAAGUUCGCAACCUGGGCAGUACUGUAGUCAUUGCAAGAUGAAGAAUCAUAGUACGGAGGACUGUACGAGAAAACCUAGAGAGGAAGAGAGAGACCGCUCGAGGGGUGACAGGGAUCACAGCAACAAUGGAAAAGGGAAGGGAGACAAGAUGGAUAACUCGGGGAAUAGAGACGGCAAUGAGAGAGACAGCUCCAGACCAAGAAAGGGAAAUCAAAAGGAUAACUCGAGAACAAGAGAUGGCAACGCAAGAGAUACUUCCAGAACCGGCAGAGAGAAUCAAAAAGACAGCUCGAGAACCCGAGAAAUCAACGACCGAGACACCUCACAGAACAAGAAGGUUACCAAAAGCUCCAGUAAGCCAGAGCGCAAGGUCUGUGAUAAUUGUGGGAAAUUGGGACAUCUGGCUGCGGACUGUAGAAAUAAGAGCUCGGAGCCGCCGAAUAAGGGGAAGAACCGCAGUCAGAGUGAGAAUCGUUCAUCCGGAAGUGCUCAGCCUCAGACUGAGCAGAAGUGCGAGAAAUGUAAGGGCAGGCAUGGGACUGGGGAUUGUAAGAGGUGCCAGAAUUGCUCGGAAUGGGGACAUGAGGAUAUGGAUUGUCCGGAGGAUCUUUGA